AUGAUCAGCGAACCAGAGACGCCCGCACCGGUGACCCCUGCCCCCAGGGGUCGCACUCUGGGCAAAAGGCGCCCCCGCAGCGUUAUCUCCUCGGAAGCAUCAAGACGGCGCACUAGACAACAGGUAGCGCAGGAAGCCGUCUGCAUUACCAUAACUGCUCUCCCGGAAUUGCCGGAGGCACCUUAUAUCCCUGCACUUACCCCCUCAGGACAUUCGACCACGAUCGUCCUGGCCGAGGGUAACACGCCUGGCCGCUCAGACAGGGUGAUGGCCCAGUUCCUCCGGGACCCUGCGGUCCUAAAGGCUGAUAUCAUCUUCGUACAAGAACCAUGGGAUAAUCCCUUUCAGGAUUUAACUUACCAUCCAGCUAAAGCAACACACCAGCUUCUAUACCCGACAAAGACGGAUAUAGGAGAUGAGCGGGCACGCGUAUGUCUCUUUAUUUCGCGACAGAAGGUGCUUGGAUCUCUCUGGCUGGAACCGGGCACUACCACCAGAGACGAAGCCGGAGCCAAGACCACGAUCGACCUGGUCCUCGGCUCGCAGGACCUGACUCCUAGGCUCGUUGCCUGUGAGAUCACUAAAAAGAUUCACGCAGACUCCGAUCACCUACCUAUACGGACUCUUAUCGACAUCCAAACCAAGACCCCGGAGGCGCAACGGCGCCGCAACUGGAAAGCGUACAAAGUAAAAGAUCUACAGGCUUUUGUAGACCUGAACCUACACAGCAAGGCCUUCCUACUUGAGAAUAAGCAGCACAUUGAACUCGCAAUAGAAUUUCUUAUUGAAACGGCGUGCAUAUACCGAGACCUGCAUAGCUAUGGGCCCUACCGAUCCUACUACGGGGCUGGCUUGGGACCGCUAUGCGAAGGUCUUAAACCGCAAAGGAAAAGUGCUGGCGAGGGCCCUGCGGCAGGGACACCGGACCUGGGUCAGAAAGGCCACCGAGGCAGGCCCCGAGGCAUGUGGCGCCUGGCCAGAUGGGCCAGGAACCGGGAUGCCUCCGGGGGACUGGUCCCAAUACUGAAAACACCAGAUAACGGCCUCGCAGAGACCGCAGAACAGAAAGUUGAGAUUCUAGAGGCAGCUAUCGCCACCCGCAUAGCCUACGCAUUAGAGGAACAUAGCCUACUGCCACGAGAACAUUUAGAGGGACGCAAGGGUAUCUCCGUCGACCACCUAAUUCAACUACUGAUGGAUGUUAUCUUUAAUGGCUGGGGCCGAGGCCAGAAGCAUCUACUGGAGUGGGCACUCGAUAAGGCUGCUAUAUGGUCCCAGCAGCAUUCGUCUAGGUUCGCGCCGGAUAAGUUCGAACUGAUACACUUUCGGAACCCGCUGGAACCCGAUCCCGGGGCUGAAAAGGACACCCCCUGUGACUACACGGAACCAUGGAAGGGAGAGAAUCUUACUAACGUUAACCGGGAGGACGAGAGCGCCUGGGAGAUUCCCGUGGAACCCCAGGGGCAUAACCAACUUCCAAUAAAGGAUCACGCAACGGGCCACGUUAUUCGGCCAGUAAAACACGCUAAAUACCUUGGAAUCUGGCUCGAUAAGACUCUCUCCUUUACUACCCACUGCACCAAGGCGGUAGCGAAGGCGAAUGGAAGCCUCGAGGCCCUACGGAGCAUCUCUACGUCCACAUGGGGCACGUUCCUGCUGAACAUGCGGACCAUAUAUCUGGCCGUAGUAAUCCCGAGCAAAACUGUUCCUGCCUCCGACCGGACCGAUUAUGGCCUGUUCCCGGGGGUUAAUCAGGAAGAGAAGCCUAGCGGAGAUAAAACGGUCAGAGUGAUCCCCUAUAGAGGCGCUGAGGUAAAGGAAGGGGAGCCCCCUAUAGACCGGAAGCCGAAGUUUGGCUACGUAGGAGUCCCGAAAGGCGCACGUGCUCGCCCCGUGGGAGCUCCUACUCAACUGCGGGGCGCUACAGUCUCGAUUCGGGCCGGGAAGGUCCGCAAGAAAUACCUAGGAGUCGCGGCUGACUCCACUGUGUACGUGGGAGAGCUAGAGGGGGUCAAAAUGGCCCUGAAAUGGGCAGAGGCUGCCCCGAUCACAGUCUUUUCAGACAGCCAGGCGGCCAUUCAAGCCGUGCAGAAUCCUGGCCGACCAUCAGGCCAAAUCCAGGCGCAGUGGGCGAAAUGGUGGGAGCGACAACGGGUUGGAAAACCCACCAAACGGCUGAUUCCGAAGCUGAAUAAGAAGGUCCCAAGGAUAUUUAAGGGCCUGAGCAAGUCUCAGACCUCUAUAAUCAUCCAGAUGCGCACUAUGAGGAUCGGAUUGAGACAUUUCCUCUUCAAGAUAAAGCAGGUCGACUCCGACCGCUGCGGGUGUGAAUCAGGCUCUCAAACGCCUAACUACGUCCUUAUGGAGUGCUCGCUGCACCUCGCCAGUCGGAAAAUAAUGAUGGAACGCCUCGACUCUAUCGAGGGACUGCGUGGGCGUAUACAGGACUACGACGCAGUCAUAAACCACCCGCAGGCGAUACGCUACGUCGCCGAUUUCAUGCAACGAACAGGCCUCCUACAGCAGUUCCGAUUCGCCACGUUUAAAGACGAGGAGGACGAGGAGGUCCCGGGACCCAGCACCCUCCUAGAGGGACUCGAACUAAACGAGGAAGACGAUGGUUAUAUUGAACAUUAA